AUAAGGUUUGACACAACUCAGGUGGCCACCCUACGAUUUGGUUCAACACCUACUUCUGUUAUGUGUCACUUGGGAGAUUUUGGGUGCGGGCCUGGGGCAUGGACAACCGUGAUGAAGAUUGAUGGCAAUAAGGUAAUUGACAAUGAUGGACGCUCAGUGAUAUUUCGUUAUCCAGUCAGACAAGUAAUGUUAAUGAGAAUAAGAUGGGCAUACUGCGAUUAAGAUAGGCAAAUUUGAUAUUUAAUUGAAACCAAGCUAAUAUUAUCGUGUCAGUGGACACUAGGAAGUGACUAAGAGACCAAGACCAAGAGACUAAGGAGUUGAAUUACAUACAAGUCUAAAAGGAAAGUAUUGACACAAACCAAAACAUCCUAAAUCGGCGCGAUUUUCAGUAAUUUUGUUUGUCAUUUUCCUUCUUUUAAAUGUAUAUCGUUCGUUCCUUAAUUAUUUUAGAACACCUUCCACUUCGACUCCGCUUACUGGAGUGAUACAAAUGAAUAUAACCUCAACGGAGGUUCAACGAGAUUUGACACACAAGAAACCAAACUGCCAACCUACUGGAAUACGCCUUUCUCUCAAAUCUGUCUUGGUAUGAAGAUCAACGAGCAGCUUAAUUUCGUUGUCCUUACCAAACAAGGUAGCUCUCUGUUCUCACUAAUCGCUGACGGGUCUUACCGCGCCACUUCACUUGGCCGUAACACAUGGAAAUCACUGCUUGGUUCUGAGGGCUCUUUACAGAUUGCGUGCAACAGGGAGGGCUUUAACUCAGUGUGUAAUACAUGUAAAGUGAGAAUUGGAAUCGUCUCCAAUAACGAGAACAGCUGCGUAGGUUGUGAUUCAAGGAUUGGUUUUGGUGCAGGUGGACACCCGGAUGAUUCCAGCACAUGUGGUAACGCAGCUACUUGGAGCCCUGACAAUGGAAAUAGAAACAUAAAAGCUAUGGGCUACGUAUUAGUUCAGUAA